AUGGACCAUGCACGGAUUCUGAAUUUUCUAAACUCUUUAUAGAAUUAAGAUAGUACUUAAUAGAUUGAUAAUACACAAUCUUCUUAGGAAUCAUUGAAGAGCUUAUAUGAGAAAAUCACAAAAGAUUAUUCAUUAUAAAGAGCACGAGUAAUAUAAUGAUAAAAUUAAAUAUAUUAGACUUUAAGUAGAGAAGAAAGGUUGGCGAAUCAUUUGACAUCAAAUUCUCUAUCAUAUGGUGAAAUUGUAAGUAAUUUGUUAAAUUGUAAAGGAUUUUAUAUCUUUAUCACUGGUGUUCCAAUGUGUAUCACCUAAAAAAGGUGGAGUCUUUUAUGAUCUAGGUAGCGGUAUUGGUAAGAGUGUGAUAGCUGCAUCAUUAAUGCAUCAAUUUAAUAUUUGUAAAGGAAUUGAAUUUUUACAUUCUUUACAUGAAUAGGCUUGUAAAUUAAAAGAAGAAGUUGAAAAAUAGAAAUGUAUUAUUGAAUAAGAAAUGGAAUAAAUUGGUAUUUAUGAUUAUUAAUUACCUAAAAUUGAAUUUAUAAAUGGAGAUGUACGAGAAGUAUUAUUUAAUUUACGAAAUCAAGUUAGAUUGGACUGAUGGUACCUUCUUAUUUGCUUCAACAACUUGUUUUGAUCCAGAUCUAAUGAAGCAGCUAAGUAAAAAAGCUGCAGAUUUGAAGGAAGGAUCUUACUUCAUUACUGUUACUAAAACACUUGAACCUUAGAGUAGCUGGGAUCUUAUUAAAUCUAUUAAAGUGCAAUUGUCAUGGGGGUUGGCUACAAUUCACAUUUAAUAAAAGAAAAUGAUUUAGGUUUAAUAAUAAUAAAUAUAAUUAUGAAAUAAUCUCAUUCUAAAAAGAAUCUAACAAGCAGUCUAUAUAUUGCUAAUAAUUAACAUACAGAAUUAAUUGAUUAUCUCAAAUAAGAAAAUAAACAAUUAACUGAAUAAUUGAAUGAAUUAAAGGGUUUACUUUAAUUAAAUAAAAAGGCAUUAAGAAUUAUGACACCUCAAAAUAAUGAUGAAUAAAAUAAAGCUAUAUUAAUGGUAUUGAAAAAUUUGUAAGAAGAAAAUGCUAAAUUGCAUAAUCAAAUUGAUAAACUUAUUGAAGAAAGGAAUCAAGCAUAAAAUUAAGUAUUAAUAAAUUAAUAAAUCACUGAAGAAGCUUAAAGACAUGAAAAAGAAUUAAUUUUAUCAUUAUAGAAUAAAAUCUAAACAUUAUAAAAUAAUCUCAAUAAAGCUGAAUAACAAUUAAGUAAAAUGGAAUAAUUAAAACCUGAAUAUGAUGAAAUUUCAGGUAUUGUUAUUAAAUACAAAGAAAUAUGUGAACCUGAUAAAAUUGCUAUCAAAUUUCAUAAUCAAAUUGAAAUGUUAACAUCUCAAUUAAUAUAAUAAAUCAAAAAGAAUAAAAUUAUAGAAGCUGAAAAAUAAAAACUAUAAGGAUUUAAUUUAGUAUUAUAUUUUCACUAUUUAUCUAGAAAUUAAUGAGUAACCUAGUUCAAAUGAAAAAUACAGCUAUGACAUAUCAUGGUAAUAAACUAAUUAUUUAAUAAUAAUAAGUUCAAUAAGGACCUGAAUAAUUGAUUAAAUGUAAUUAAAAAUAUUAUAUAUCUUAGUUUAAAAUAAUUUGUUAAAUGUUAUGAACAAAGAAGAAAAUGAUAAUUCAUCAUAAAAUGAUAACAAUUCUUCAGUUGGUAGUUCACCUUUAAUGUCUCCUUUACCAUUAAAAUAAGAGAAUUAAAUAGUAAAAUAAAUGAAGGAAAUUCCUAAAUUAGAUCUCACAAAGGCAAAAUAAAUAUAAGAGAUCAAUGCUAAAAGAUAAAUUUAAUAAAUGCAAGAUAUUAAAAAGUAAAUAGAUCCUAAUAUUGUUGAAAAAAUUAAUAAAUAUGAGAGAAUGAUAGAAGAAUUAAGAAAGAACUAUUAAAGAGAAAUGUUAUUAAAUAAGACUCUUGAGACAGCAAAUAAUGAAUUAUAAAGAAAUUGUGAAGAUUUAGAAGUAUUUUUAUAUAUUUUAAUUUAGAGUUAAAUAUAAAUACUUAUAAAUUCAAAUUUAAGACAUCAAGAAAAAUUAUAGAAAAUCAAUAAACAAUAUUAUUUUCUAUAAUAAUUUUACAUUAAUAAUAAAGAUUAAAUAACUACAACUCAAAGUCAUAAUAGAAGAUUUUCUUAAAGUCCUACAGAAUUCUCUUAAGAAAUGAUUUUAGAUACUUCUUUUAUUGAUGCAAAUGAAGCAAUAAUUUCAAAUGAAAUUCAAGAAUAAAAAUAUGUCUAAUAAUAAAUGUUACAAUAAUAACAAUAAUAAUAAUAAUAAUAAAUAUAAUAAUAAAAUUUCUAUACAUAUUAUACACCUAUUAAUUUAGAGGAUUCAAAAAAGUUCUUAUUAAGUUUAGCUGAAUUAAUUUAUUGUGGAUUGUAAGAAAAGAUAGAAUAAUUAUAAGAAUAGUAAUAGAAUUGUUAAGAAAAAAAAGAAUAAAGAUUUAGAUCUGUAAGUGAUAUAAUAGAUUAUCAACACAUAGGACUUUAAAAAUAUAAUUAUUUUUAGUAAUUAUGA